GGAACAUUUCAAGACAUGAUAAUGAUUGGCAAAAGCUUAGCCCAGCAAAGCAAUCAGCUAUAGAAGUAGUUAAAUCACCUAAUAAUAAUAGUAACUCCAUAAUUGUAGUUGGAGCACCAGGGUAUAGUAAUAAGAAACAAACAGUUG